UGUUCUGUUGCAUUCGACCAAAGAUGAAAGUUGUAGCAAUUAUCAUCACCGCAAUAGUCGCAGUCAACGCGUCUAAGCAAUGCCCAAAAGGCGAAGAAUUGACAUGGGAAAAGGAUAUUCUUUUGGAACAUAAAUUGUGCAACAAAUUCUACAAAUGUACCUUCGGGUCUCCGAUUGAGAUGUCGUGUGCUGACGGUCUCUUCUUCAAUCAGGAACGCGGAAUAUGCGAUUGGAAACAUAACGUAGAUUGUGGCGAUAGAAAUAUUCCUGAUGAUAAACCAAACAGCGGAGAGAAUGAUGGAGGAGAUGAUGAUGAUAAAGGACAAGGUGAUGGCAAUGAUAAUGAAGAUGUUGAUAUUUGCGCUUUACCAGGCAAGGAUGUACCGGAAUCAGGAGUUUUGGAAAAUGGAUGUCCAAUUGAUCCGACUGUACAUUGGCUUUUGCCUCAUGAGAAAGAUUGCAACAAAUUUUACUAUUGCGUGAAUGGUGCCAAAAUCGAACAACAGUGCUUCGGUCCCUUGCACUUUAACAGCAGACUUCAGGUAUGCGAUCUUCCAAUGAUGACUGCGAUCCUAUUUCUUGCUACAGCAUCAGCAACUCUCGACGAGCCUAUCUGUCCCAAACAAAACGAGGCUAAUUGGGAAGUAGAUAUUUUUUUGCCGCAUAGAAAAUGCGACAGAUUCUAUCAAUGUACGAACGACGAGCCGAUAGAAAUUUCGUGCCCGGAAGGGCUCUACUUCAGCACCAUAAAGAAUAUAUGCGAUUGGAAAGAUUUCGUCGAAUGUGGGGAUAGAGUUUUGCCCGAUUCGUUUAGUUUGGAUAGCUCUGAAUUAUUCCUGGAGUCGGAAGUGUCGCCCUCUGCAGGGAGCCCUGUAAGGAAUGUUACAAUAGAGGACUACCCGUAUGCUUCGAAAGCCUCACAUACAGGAUUCUUAAAAAACGGCUGCCCGACUGACAAUAACUUGAUUUGGUUAUUACCUCAUGAAAGGUACUGCAAUUGGUUCUACAUAUUAAUAUCAGCAGUUUUGUUCUUUGCUGUCGCUUCAGCGGCAAGCGCCUUAAAUUUCUGCCCCAAAAUACAAGAAGUCGACUGGGAAAUUGAACUGCUUUUACCGCACUGGGAAUGUAACAAGUUUUACCAAUGUACCCACGGCACACCUGUUGAGAUGAUUUGCCCUAAAGGUCUCUACUUCAGUAUUAUCAAGAAUAAAUGCGAUUGGAGAGACCUCGUGAAAUGCGGCGAUAGAAUUGUUUGGGAAGAAUUUAAACCGGAAGUAACCAAGGAACCGGAUACUACAUCUGUAACUGAAAGAAAUGAAAAUGACAAUACUGUUGUGGAAACAGAAAAACCUGAAUCACCAAUUGAAUUUCUUCCUAAUGGAUGUCCAGUCGACCCUGAAGUACACUGGUUGUUACCGAAUGAGGAGUUCUGCAAUUUGUUCUACUAUUGUGUAGAAGGAGAGAAAGAGAUCAGACGCUGUCCUUUCUGGUUACAUUUUAAUAGAGAAUUACAGGUUUGUGACUGGCCGCGGAAUUCCGGCUGUGUAGACAUCUACAGAAACUAAUGUAGAACUUCGCAGCUACGAGAAAUGCUACGCGUG